CCUCCUGUCGUCUGUCCCUUUCCUUCUAAGGCCCGAGGAGGAAGGCAUGCUGUGGGCUCUCGCCCUCCUUCUAGCUUUCCUGGCUCCUGCCACUCAGGUAUCUUCCAACUUGGAAGGGACACAGAUGUUGGUCACCAAGCAGGCUGGAUCAUCAGUUGAAAUCACUUGUGAUAUUAAACAAAGCAGCAGCUACGUCCACUGGUACCAAUACCAGGAGAGGAUGGCCCCACAACGCCUUCUCUACUACCAACUCUCCGGCUCAAAGGUUGUGAUGGACUCAGGGUUCAGUUCAUGGAAAUACCGUGCUUAUGAAGGCUCAGGGAGGACCUAUAAACUUUCAAUCAAAUUUCUGGAAGAAAGCGAUUCUGGUGUGUAUUACUGUGCUGGACCAUCCUUUAUUAAAAUCUAUGGUAGGUUAUUAUCAAUAGUUGUUGCCCCCACAGAUAGACACCUUCCUGCAGACAUUUCCCCCAAACCCACUGUUUUUCUUCCAUCAAUUGCUGAAAUAAACCUCCAUAAGACUGGGACAUACCUUUGUCUUCUUGAGAAAUUCUUCCCUUAUGUUAUCAAGGUAUAUUGGACAGAAAAGAGUGGCAAUACAAUUCUAGAAUCCCAGCAGAGCAAUACCAUGAAGACACAUCAUAACACAUACGUGAAACUCAGCUGGCUGACCGUGACUGGAAAGUCAAUGGAUAAAGAACACAAAUGUAUCGUCCAACACGAGAAAAAUAAAGGAGGGGUUGACCAAGAGAUUCCUUUUCCUUCAGUGAACGAAGCCCUGCUCCAGCACAGGCAGGAGAUGCUGCUGCUGUCUGGGAAGCUGCAGGGCGGCACAGAGCAGCACAGGGCCCGGGGACAGGAACUGGGCCCCUUUGUCCACCUGGUGUGGCUUCCUCUCUCCUCCACUGUCAACUUCUACUUUAGUCCCACAUGA